AUGAAGAAAGUAAAUGAUGUAAAUUCUAAUUUGAUUCUUUCUACUCCAUCAAUAUCAAAUGCAGAUUUAAAUGAUAAUAUGCCACUGUAUAGUGAUUCAACUUCAAACAUUAAAGUUCAGUCAAAAGAGGGACUCUUUUUAAAAAAUAUAGAUGUUUUUAUUUGGGAUGAAGCACCAAUGGCUCCAAAAUAUGCCUCAGAAAUUAUGGAUUAUCUAUUAAGAGAUAUAAUGAAAUCAAAUGUUGCUUUUGGUGGUAAAAUUGUAAUUCUAGGAGGAGAUUUUAGACAAACUUUGCCAAUUAAAGAACGAGGCACUAGAUCAGAAAUAGUAAAUUUAUCCAUAAAGAACAGUAAACUAUGGAAACAUUUCAAAAAAUACACUUUAACAGAAAAUAUGAGAGCCUUACCACAGGAGACGGAAUUUGUAGAUUUUCUACUCAAAGUGGGCAAUGGUGAAUUAAAUGAUGUAGAUGAUAAUGUUAAAUUACCAGAACAUAUUAUUCAACAUGGAAAUGUAGAUAUUGCUGAAGAAAUGUAUGGUCAUUUGAUACAACAGAAUAAAUUUAGAGAGUUGGCAGUGUGUGCAAUUUUAGCACCUAGAAACGUUGACGUUGAUGAUAUUAAUAAGAGAGUGGUGCGUCUCUUAGACAGUAAUGGGGAAACAAUGUAUAAAAGUAUUGAUUCUACUGAAAAUUGUGAUAAUGGAAGUUUUGCGGAAGUCUUGUUACCAGAAUAUUUAAAUACUCUCUCUCCGCCUGCUUUACCACCACAUGAAUUACAUUUGAGAAUUAAUUCAGUUGUAAUGCUAAUUAGAAACCUUAGUAUUAAUGAAGGUUUAUGUAAUGGAACAAGGUUAAUUAUUUUAGAUUUAUCACAUAAUGUUAUUAAAUGUCAAAUAUUGACUGGAGAUAAGAGUGGAAAUAUUGUUUUUUUACAUAGAGUAACUCUAUAUUGUGAAAAUUUAUAUCCAUUUACUUUUAAAAGAAGACAAUUUCCUAUAAAAUUGGCUUUCGCAAUGACUAUAUCAAUAAAUCUCAAGGGCAAACAUUCAACAGAAUAUCCAUUGAUUUGA